AUGGUAUUAACAAUCGGGAUAUGUGAAGAGAUGGACGCAACACGGAGGGACAUAGACGAGGAGGAAAAAAUAACGAGUGAUGGUGAGAAGGAGUGCGAGAUGACACUAGAAAAGGAAGGUCAUAAUGAGGUAAAGCAAAGUGGAAAGGAAAAUAAAGGAAAAACGGCUGAAGGAAGUGAGGCAUCAAGAAGCGAGAAAGAAAGCCCUAUCGUUAAAGAAAAACGAACCCCGAUAGGAGGAGCAAAGAUAAACACUUCUAAAUGUAAAAAGGUGUUGGAACAAGAGGCUGAUGGAAGCGUUGAAUUGCAGGAUUCUUUAGGAAAAGGGAAAAAGGCUUGCAAAGAAGAAAUGAAGGAACGAUUGAAGGAGGAACUCUACCAAGAAAGGCGAAAAAAGGAAGACUUGGUGAAGGAACGUAUAAGGUUGGAAAAACAAAAUGACAAGCUUAUAAUUAAGAACAAUCAUUUAAAAAGAAAGCAAGAGAAGAGUAGCGCACAAAGAGGAGAAUAUGCUUUGAAAAAGAUAGCUGAAGAAUGUCGCAACUACCGGAGAGAUAAUAAAGGGCGAUGGGAGCAGAACGAACGAGAAGACUUAAAGAGAGCCAUAGAGAAUAACAGGAGGGAAUUCAGAGAAACAGAGUAUUUAAUGCAGCAAUCGAUGGUGGUCGGCAGGAGAGGAAACAAUACCCAAAUAGUAGAAAGGCUGCAACCCAAACUAAUGAACAAAUGCGCAAGGAGAGAACCACGCAAACCAGAAAUAGCAGCACUGUUUUCGUUAAGGCAAAGAGAAAAUGAAAAUCUGCGAAGUCUAGUGGCGAGAUGGGAAACGAUCUGCAGAGAACUAAAAGGAAGGAUUUCAGAGGAAGAUUUAGUGCGCUCAUCCAUCUAUGCGUUUUCAACUAAGCAUCCUUUAUUCACAAUGUUAUUUAAGGUCGUAAACGAAGUAAAAAUGAAGGAAUUGAAAAGAUAUCAGUCUGAGCACAUUCGCAUGGAAGAAGAGCAAUGA